CUGAAGAUUUGUAAAUAGUAAUCUAAUGCAUUGUUAAAAUCUGCAUGUUAAAGAGACAUCAGAUUUUUACACAAGAAGAAAGUUUUAUCACAGAAUAAUGUCGAGACGGGCCAGUCGAAGUUCCCUUGGUGGGGAUAAUGGGGAGUUCUACCUUGAGUGUAAAGCUGCUUACCUGUCUAUUUAUGACAAUAUCAAGGAUGAGAUUGAUUCAUUGGAGGACCUCAUCCAAGUUUUACAGCAGGCCGGUAGAAAUCCAUCAAAAAGAGUCUUGUCUAAAUACUGGAAAUCUGAUACAGACCACUUGACAUUUGAUGAUUUUGUCGACAUCUGUAAAAAGGAAAAGGCCACCACUGCUGAUGACUUAAUGAAGGCAUUCAGAAAGAUUGACAUUAAUGGAGAUGGAUAUAUUUCCUUGGAGGAGCUGUACAAAAUCAUGACUACUAAAGGUGAAAAGAUGAGUCGUUCAGAAGUAAAAAAGAUGAUUGAUGAAGUGGAUGAAAAUAAAGAUGGUCGUCUGGAUUAUGGGGAGUUUUGCAAGAUGAUCAUGGAAACAACAGAGGAAUGUAAGAAGGCAUCUCGGAAGAUCAUGGAGAAAAAAGAACAAAAAAGAAGAAAGGAAGAGCUGACCAAAACAAGUGAUUCUAGGUCAGGUUCCCAGAUAUCCGUUAAAUCUGCUGCGUCCGUAAAAAGUCACACCGAGAGGCCCAUGUCUGCAUCCUCCAGAUCAAACAGAGGUAAAAAAAAAAGAGAUGAUACAGUAGCAACAGAGGAACCAAGUGUGUCUACAGGGACGUCAGAACCACCUAAAGAAGACAGUGAUGUCACUCUGGAGAAAACAGGGUCAAAGGUCUCAUUAAGGUCAAAGGACAAUGAUCAGGCCUCUACCAAAGGUUUGGGAUCUAGGGUAUCAUUAAAGUCAAACAAAGAGGAAGAUAAACAGAAAUCCCAAGGCAUGGGAUCUCAGGUGUCUAUCAAGGAGGAAAUAGCAGAAUCUACAGAGGAACCAGCAUCAUCAAGACAAAAUAUGGGAUCUAAAGUGUCAUUGAAAUCAAUCAAGGAAGAAAAUAAGCAGGAAUCCCAAGGCAUGGGAUCUCAAGUAUCAAUUAAGGAGGAAAUAGGAGAGGAACCAACAUCAUCAACAACACAAAAUAUGGGAUCUAGAACAUCAGUGAAAUCUAAAGGAGAUGGGACAAAGGAGGAAAAGUCCGAAGCUAUGGGAUCCAAGGCAUCUUUGAGGUCAAGGAAGGAUUCUAAGGCAGAUAUAAGUGGAUCAAAGCUUUCUCUAAAAUCCAAAGAUGGAGAGACUGUCAAAGAAGAAUCUAUGGGAUCUAAAGUUUCUCUGAAAUCCAGAGGGGAAUCAAAUAUGGGAUCCAAAGUUUCCCUGAAGUCAAGAGGAGAUCCAAAUUUGGGAUCUAGAGUUUCUCUGAAAUCCAAACGGGACUCUAUUGCUACUGCUGAGACGGCAACCAUUAAAGAAGAACAAAAUGACAAUUCUGAGGAAGAAACUCCAAAAUCUGUCAGACCUACUCCUCGUGCUAGGAAAGACAGUAAAUCUGUUAAACAGAUCAAUGAGGGAAGCAUGUUUGGUUCCUUUGCCUCCAUGAAGUCAGGUGCCUCUUUGGCUGGGUCACGAAAGUCUCUGCUGAGUGUUGAUGAUCUUCCAAAGCCCUCUCCCAGAAACAGGAAAUCCAAGGGCCAGGCAGCAGCAACUCUGCCCAAACUGUACGAGCCCAAGAAUCUUAAGGAAUGGACACACACAACAAGUAAAGGGAUGUUCUUCAUUGAUGAGGACACUGGAAACCUUCUUUGUCAUCAGUAUGAUCUCAAACUGACAGAGGAAACUUCUGUGUGGAUAACUAUAGAGCCAAUCAAAAGCCGCUGUCAAGCUAGCGAUCAGAUCAUAGAUACAGCUCUGUUUAUCCUGAGGGAAAAACCAGACGAUGAUGGCAAUGUCCUAAUUACAUUCACCCAGCACAGAGAUUCCAAGGGGAAAUAUGGGGUGAAGUGUUCAUUGGAUGCAGGAAACUAUCACAUAAUUCCAUUUACAACUGGAUCUCGUCUUAAAAAGCGAGAGAGUGAGUCCUCCAACCCUGUAAAACUACUGCAACGCAAAGAAGGAAAACACACCAUCACUAAAGCUUUUAGGAAGGUGUUAGAGGAUAUCUUCGACCUAUCAGACCUGGAUGGCAAUGGCACGAUGAGUAGAGAGGAAUUUAACUGGUACAACAUCAGGACAAGUGAUGAGGAGGUCGGGGAUGAUGAGUGGGAGGUGGUGGAGGAGCGUCUUGAGCUUGAGAAUGGAGAAAUCACAAAAAAUGGCUUCCUUCAGCUGAAUGACCUGGAGGCUGAGGACUCUAACGGAGAUGAGGAUGAUAUGUGGGUGACCCUGGAGAGUCUGGGGAUCAAUAAGGAGCUGGUCAUGGAUGAGGCCUGUCCUUUCUUGGUUAAUGUGUACACAGAGGACUGUGAUGAUGCCGAAUUUAAAGUGGUUGCUAUAGAAGCUAUGAUGGAUAAACUCCAGCGCCCUCUCUGUCAGUCUGUGAUGGAAAAGGGUGAAGCUACCAAGGUGAAGGGUAUGAAGGAUUUGACAAUGUACACCUACUUUGGGGAUACUAGAGCCAGCAUAGUGCUGGACAAUAAGUCUUACAGUACAGUCCGUGUCAAGCUGGAUUGUUCUGGCAGCCAAAACUGUCUCUCAAACCGGCCAUCUCUAGAGGAAUCUUUCUCUGUCAAAUCCCAGUCUCAAAUUAUUGCGUAUCAUUUCACACCAGAAGAUGAGGAUGAGGAAUGGAGUGUGAAGUGUACUGAGGUCAUACAGAAAUAGCACAUGUCCAGGAUUUAGUGUUUGUUGGGGAUUAAUUGUCUUUAUUUAGCAGCAGGACUGUAGCUUUAACAACAUACUCUGUUCUUCUUAUUUUUUUUUUUUUGAAAAACAGCUGCAGGGUAGCAUUUUGUAUACUUUUUAUUCAAUGUCUGAAGCAGAAAUAGGUAGAACUUAUGUUGUAAUGAUGUUGAAAGGACAUUUUUUGAAUGGAAAAAUUGUAACAAGUUAGAGUCCAAAUAUGGGUUGGUUUUGUUAAUGGAUAUAAAGUUAUAACUGUACUUCGGAGUCAUUCAAUACUGUUGGUUGUCAACAAAUUAAGUCCAGAUACCAAUAAAGAAAGUUGAGAUUGAUUUUUCUUCACAGAAUUCCAUAUACCUUUGCAUUGUAUUAUUACCUAAAAAUUUAUUAAAAUAUGAAUUUUGCUAAUGAAUUAUAUUUUUAAAAUCCUUUAAUUUGGUUUAUUUCUAUAGAUGUACAUAUG